AUGAUCGCCCGCACGCUCGCCCAGGCCCUGCUCGCGCUGCUCGUCGCGGCCGUCCCCGCACCGGCGCAGGACGCCCCGGCGAGCGACACGCUCACGAUCGACGCCUCCGAGCAGGUGGACCCGCAAGGCCUGAAGCACCUGCGGAUGGUCCUGCGCGUCCUGCGGGGGGAGACGAUCGAGUUCGACCCCAACGGCUUCACCCCCACGCUCCGCGAGCGGACGCCCGUGAUCGAGCUCCAGCGGGCGCUGGAACAGCUCGCGCACAACAGCGGCGGCUACGUGAACCUCGGCAUCAUCGACCACGGCCCAGGCAUCAUCACCACGGUCGUCCGCUCCCACGACAGCCAGGCCCGGGCGCGGCUCAGCAUCACCUACGAGACCGGCGGGGCGUUCCGCAUCGACGGCAUCCUCGUCCACCCGGACCUCCCGACCUUCGAUUCCUGGGCCCAGUUCACCGAGGCGCUGGACGCCUUCGGCCUCGACGCCUCCGUCUCCCUCGCCGAGAUCCUGGAAGACGGCUCGGCCGAGACGCUGUUCACCUACCACGAGGACCGCUCGCUCGCCGUGGCGUACCACGCGCGGCUCUUCGUGCUCGACGCGCUGGUGCGCCGGAUCGAUUCGGGCGAGGCGGACUGGCUCGACACGGUCGUGAUCCGCGAAGAGCUCAAGACCUUCCCCCCCGGCUCGACGGCGACCGAGCCCGCCGGCGGCGCGCUGCCGAUCUCCAGGCUUACCCAGCGGAUGAUCGUCGAGACCGACCACACCGCGACGGACCACCUCAUCGACCACCUCGGGCGCGACGCGGUCGAGGACGCGGUCCGCGACCGCGUGCGCCGCGUCGCGCGCAACAUCCCCUUCCUCUUCACGCGCGAGGCCUUUAACCUGCGGCUCAUCCUCACCGAGACGUUCAUCGAGCAGUGGGCCGAGAGCGACGACGACGAGCAGCGCGACAUGCUCCCCACGAUCGACCGCAUCGAGGUCGCCGACGUCGUCUACCAGACCUGGCGGCUCCCGGUCGCCGUCCCCGUCGUCGGCUGGUUCGCCAGCGCCAAGGAGAUGAACGACCUGUUCUCAUCCCUCUACACCUCCGGCACCAACCCGCGCCAUGUCACGCUGGGCGGCGUCGUCAACGAGCUGCCCCCCGCGCCCGUCGACCCCACGGUGUGGGUCAGCUCCAAGGUGCUCACCUCCAUCGAACCGGGGAUCGUCGCCACCACGUGGCUCCUCGCGCACCGCGACGGGCGCAGGUAUGUCCUCACAGGCGUUUUCAACAGCCCGAGCCAGCCCAUCCCGGCCGACCAGGUCGGUGCGCUGCUCAUCGCGGCCGCGGAGACGCUCGGUCGCACGCCCCCGCGCGUCGAGGACGAGCCGGUCCCGGGCGGCGAGAGCGGGGCGGCGCCCGAGUGA